GCGACCAACAGCUGCCGCCAGUGGGUAGAUAAGACCGGGACUUGUGUGUCUGUCUGUCCGCAGAAGGGCAGCAUGGUGGCCGCGGAGGACUUCGUCUCACUGGGUGUCUACUCCUUCACCUUCGUACUGGGCCUCCCCUCCAACCUGCUGGUGCUGUUCGUGUACGUGCAGAAGGCCCGCAAGCACGGCGCCACGCCCAGCGUGGUCUACGCGCUCAACCUGUGCAUGGCCAACCUGGCACUGGUGGUCUGGAUGCCGGUCAAGGCGCUGGAGACAGUGCUUCAGGGGUGGGCGCUGCCCGCAGCCAUCUGCCCAAUCUACAGCUUCUUCCUCUUCUCGUCCAUAUAUGGCAGCUGCCUCUUCCUCACGGCGGUGACGGUGGGCCGGUACCUGAGCAUCGCCUUCCCCAUCACCUACAAGCUGCACCGACACGCCCGCCUCUCCUGCGUGAUCAGCGCCAUCUUGUGGGCGCUGGUGCUGCUGCACCUGAGCCUGGGGCUGGUCGUGGAGCAAGGCGGCUACUUCGUGUCGCCGGUGAGCGACGGCAACAGCAGCAGGGGAAGCGGCCUGGCGUGCUUCGAGAACUUCACCGAGACGCAGCUGGAGCUGCUGCUCCCGCUGCGCCUGGAGAUGGCGCUGUUGCUCUUUCUGCUGCCGCUGCUGAUCACGGCGUUCUGCACGCUGCGCUGCGUGGCGCUGGUGGGUCGCUCGAAGCUGCCGGCCGGCGGCAAGCGCCGCGUGCUGGCCAUCGCCUGCUCCACGCUGGCCGUGUUCGUGGUGUGCUACGCGCCCUACAACGCAUCGCACGUGGUGGGCUACGUGCUGAACCAGAGCGUGAGCUGGCGCCGAGAGGCCAUGCUGACCAGCUCGUGCAACAUCUUCCUGGAGCCUAUGGUGAUGCUGAUGCUCUCGACCACCGGGCCCCGGGGUCUCUGUGCCUGUCUGAGAGACGGCGGAGGUGGUGGUGGGGGGGGGACACGACAGAGAUCCAGCCAAACGAACGCCCACCCAACAGGGCCACCCGCAGCUGUGAGGCAGAUGAGUGGGUCUCAGACGGUGGCACAGAGGCCCACAUCCCCAGUUUCACAACCACCUGACCUUACCAGCCCAGAGAAGCCACCAGGGAGGCUCAUGAACAAGCAUCUGCCUUGACUCUGUAUCUCUCAUUUUGGACUUGGUCUUGACUUGGACUCAAACUACUUUUGCUUCGGUCUUGUCUUGGACUCGAUCAUCUUUUGACUCGGUCUUGACUUGGUCUCGACUAGUCCUGGUCUUGGACUUGUCUUAGGGCUCGAUAAAGGUGGUCUUGUCUACAGCUCUGGCUGAAGAGGUGGUGGAGGAACAUGGAAAUCGGCACACUUUCAUGAUGUACCAACUGAAGACUGAGCUCUCACUGACUAUGAUACAGUAACAUCUAACUCAAUAGCCCUGAUGCACUGUUGAGGCAUGCGAAGCUCUCUUCAAAGGAUGGCUGUCACAGGAGAACAUGUUAAAAACAAAGGCAAGUAAAUAA